GCCUUGCACCAGAAAAAAGCCGUCGUAGUUUAAUUUAAGAAGCCAAGGUCUAAUGAAAGCCAGAAUACCUACGGACGGCGUCAGCAUACUGAAAAUUACAAGAAAAUUAACAGAAGUGCAAGAGCGGAAUCGACAAUAAACUGCAUAGCAAUAAGUUUUAGUAAAUCUCAUAUCAACAAUGUCGUGUAUUAACAUGAAAAUGCGGUUGUUGACCUUAAUUCUUUUAUGGUUUGUGUGCAGUGGCCAAGCAGCGCCAAUUGUGGAAGAGAAUGCAGUGAUUGUAGCAGAAUCAGAAUCCACCAACAAUCCAACAACUAACUUUGCACAAAUUUCCACGUCGAAUAUAAGUUCCAACAGUGAGUCCGAUCCGAACUACCAAAUUGCUGACAAGCAAGAUAUAGAUGUAGCUGCAGGUAAUGCAGUUGAUGAGGAGGCCGCUGCAGCCGAGCGAAUGGCCACUGCCAUUGUGGCACCACUAACUCACAUCGCGCAUAUCACUUACGACUCGGAGCCAGCAACGCACAAACCCAAUGCCGACAAGCCGCUCUUCCAUCGUGAACCACACGAUGAGUUGAUUGUGUUGUAAAGUUUGGAAUGCUAAACUACAUACGUAAUUAAAACCGACGAAAGGAAACGAAAUAAAAUGUUCAACUAAAAUAUUUAACAGUUAUGUAGGUGUGACUAUAACUUCGGGAAAUUAAUGGUUAAUGAAUUGGCGGGGCUUAUUUACUGCUGCUAAUUAUUAUUAUUUUGCGAUUGAUUUUGUGGUGAUAUGUAGUUCAAAAGUAGAAAUCCAUGAAAUUAAAGGCCCUAAAUAUUAUCUCUUAUUUUGCUUCAUUUUGCUUAAAUAAUGUUACAUAGAAGACCCAUACAAAUGGACUUUGAAAUAUUCCCGAGAGCAAAGUUAAUCUCUUUUUAGACAUAACUUUUACUCAAAUAAUAUAAAUUGUGUCAUUUAUGUUAAUGUUUUUAUAUUGUAAGCUUUGUAACAGAAUUUAUGGCAAGACUAAGUACAUCCAUUUAAAGAGUAAGUCUCGCAGUUACUUUGACCUAUAUAUUUAAUCUUAUCCAGAUUAGUUAUUUAAUAUUUAUUUUGUUCCCUAUAUUUUGGACGAAAUUUUAAUUUUGAAUUGUUUGAUUGUAACUGAGCACCAUAGAUUCGACUAUCUAUCGAGUCUUCUUCUUGUUCAUAUUUCUUAAUAGAUUCGGUCUGGUCAACUGACUUUUGAUGUACUAUUUGAUUCGAAUUAUAAUCCAAAUUUAAAUA